AUGCAAGGCGCUGGUAGAAACAUACCCACAAAUCAUAAAUUCCUAGAAUUCCUGCGUACUGCCGUAACAAGAGCCGGCACAGUCUUGAUCUACGACAAGAUCAUUACCUCAAAAUUCCACAAAGGUGAACUUCAAGAAUAUCACGGCAUUUAUCUUGAUAUGACCACUGUUGCCACUAGGGUCGCAGCAAGUGAAAUUUUAACUACAGAAAAGCUUAACCAGUGCAAUACCCUUGACGAGAAGCUACAAGAUGGCAUCAACAAGAUCAUGGCUCGUACACACAUUAUCUCUGUGCCAUUAGAUUUGGAAGUACAGUUAGUAUCAAGUAUGGCGUUGCUGUACUAUGAAACCUUGGAACAGAAGUGGGCCAGACUUCCAGGUUUCUCUGCAACUGGAAAUACUUCAUUUCUUCACAUCAUGCCCAUCGGCGAAACAAAACUCACCAACCUCCUCCGCACCCUUUCCCCCAUCCUCUCUCCAGAAACCUACGUCUUCGCAACAACCACUCAAUCCCUCUCCUCCUUGCCACUAACAACCCUCCAACCCAUCCUCAUCUUCCACGAAGUCGAAGGGCUCACUCUAAUCACCACCAAAGAAUCCGCCAAUACCCACGGUCUGGAAUAUACAUUCCCAUGUAAAAAGAUUUCGCUCAAGGUUCACUCCAGUCUUGAAGCUGUGGGGAUGAUGGCUGCGAUUUCGGCGAAAUUUACGGAUCUGGGAAUCAGUUCGAAUGUCGUUAGUGGUUUUUUUCAUGAUCAUAUUUUUGUGCCGGAGGGGAAGGAAGGGGUUGCUAUGAGGGGGUUGGCGGAGUUGAUGAGGGAGGCGAUGGAGGAUGUAUGA